AAUUUGAGUGAAAAAAGAUGAAAUAAACGGCAUGGGAAGGUUCCUUCUUGAGGUUCCUUCGGCUGAACAUAAUAGUACUUUUCAAGCUCCAAAAUGAAACAGAUACUCUUUAAUGCUACACUGUUUUGCAGAAUCUUGUUGAUGAAGGAAAAUACUUGGCCAGUUUCCUCUUUGUCUACAUGUCUUCAAGUACUGUUUUCUUGAUUGAAAAAGAACACCGCAUAGCUUGGAUUGCAAGAUUUCUAUAUAUGUAAACACAUGUAGAACAGCAAUGGAAGAAACAAGGGAAGGAAGUGAAAAGAGAAGUUGAGAAAAAUGGGUUGUUUCUUCAUACGUUCACCAAAAUUUCUCUUCUUUUACCUUUUAAUUGUUCAAUCUUUUGUCUCAGAGACAAUCUCCUUUGAAGACAAUAAGCCAACAGCCUAUGAAGUUCUCAGGGAUUUCAACUUCCCUGCUGGUCUUCUCCCAGCAGGUGUUACUGGCUAUGAUCUAGACCCUAUAACAGGUGAAUUCUCAGCUUUCUUGAAUGGUACUUGUACCUUUACUCUUGAAAGGACUUAUAAAUUGAGAUACAAGAAUACCAUUAGAGGGUAUAUUUCAAAUGGGAAGCUUGCAAGAUUGGAAGGUAUAAGUGUGAAGUUCCUUUUCUUCUGGGUUAAUGUUGUUGAAGUGUCAAGGAAUGGGGAUGAGCUUGAAUUCUCAGUAGGGAUUGCUGGUGCUGGUUUUCCUAUGGAUAGUUUUGAAGACAGCCCUCAGUGUGAAUGUAAGCUUAUAUGCAAUGAUCAGAAAGUGAGGAAGAUUAGGGAAAUCCCUUUUGUUUCUGCUUGAUUAGAACCUAAGUUUGAAAUGAGGGGAUAAUUUGAUGUAUUGAACUCUGUCACAUGAAUUUUAUUGGUGUUCAUGCUCAAUGGAAUGAAUGAAUGAAUGAUGGCUUAUUUUGUUAAA